CUCUCGGUCCCAUAUUGAACUCGAGUUGGAAGAGGCGAAUCCGGUCUCAAAAUGGAGGUAAAACCGCCGCCCGGUCGCCCCCAGCCCGACUCCGGCCGUCGCCGCCGCUACCGGGGGGAGGAGGGCCAUGAUCCAAAGGAACCAGAACAGUUGAGAAAACUGUUUAUUGGUGGUCUGAGCUUUGAAACUACAGAUGAUAGCUUAAGAGAACAUUUUGAGAAAUGGGGCACACUUACAGAUUGUGUGGUGAUGAGAGACCCCCAAACAAAACGUUCCAGGGGCUUUGGUUUUGUGACUCACUCUUGUGUUGAAGAGGUGGAUGCAGCAAUGUGUGCUCGACCACACAAGGUUGAUGGGCGUGUAGUGGAACCAAAGAGAUCUGUUUCUAGAGAGGGUUCUGUAAAGCCGGGUGCCCAUCUAACAGUGAAGAAAAUUUUUGUUGGUGGUAUUAAAGAAGAUACAGAAGAAUAUAAUUUGAGAGACUACUUUGAAAAGUAUGGCAAGAUUGAAACCAUAGGAGGCUAUGGUGGUGGAGGUGGUGGCAGCAGAGGUAGUUAUGGAGGAGGUGAUGGUGGAUAUAAUGGAUUUGGAGGCGACGGUGGUAACUAUGGCGGUGGUCCUGGUUACAGUAGUAGAGGAGGCUAUGGUGGUGGUGGACCAGGAUAUGGAAACCAACGUGGUGGAUAUGGUGGCGGUGGUGGAGGAUAUGAUGGUUACAAUGAAGGAGGAAAUUUUGGAGGUAACUAUGGUGGUGGUGGGAGCGAUAAUGAUUUUGGAAAUUAUAGUGGACAACAGCAAUCAAAUUAUGGACCCAUGAAGGGGGGCAGUCUUGGUGGAAGAAGCUCUGGAAGUCCUUAUGGUGGUGGUUAUGGAUCUGGUGGUGGAAGUGGUGGAUAUGGUAGCAGAAGGUUCUAAAAACUCAGAAGAAAAGGGCUACAGUUCUUAGCAGGAGAGAGAGCGAGGAGUUGUCAGGAAAGCUGCAGGUUACUUUGAGACAGUCGUCCCAAAUGCAUUAGAGGAACUGUAAAAAUCUGCCACAGAAGGAACGAUGAUCCAUAGUCAGAAAAGUUACUGCAGCUUAAACAGGAAACCCUUCUUGUUCAGGACUGUCAUAGCCACAGUUUGCAAAAAGUGCAGCUAUUGAUUAAUGCAAUGUAGUGUCAAUUAGAUGUACAUUCCUGAGGUCUUUUAUCUGUUGUAGCUUUGUCUUUUUCUUUUUCUUUUCAUUACAUCAGGUAUAUUGCCCUGUAAAUUGUGGUAGUGGUACCAGGAAUAAAAAAUUAAGGAAUUUUUAACUUUGCAAUAUUUGUGUAGUUCAGUUUUUCUACAUUUUAGUACAGAAACUUUAACAAAAUGCAGUUUUGAAGGUGUUUCCUUGUGAGUUAACAAGUAAAGAAGAUCAUUGUUAAUUACUAUUUUGUAUGAAUUUUGCUAAAGUUAACUGUAAGGAAACACCUGCUGCCUUGCAGUUUAAGGGGAU